AUGGAGAACCAUCGCCGCGAUGACUCGCCCUCCGGUCUGUCAGAUUUUGCGGAGAACGAGGGCCUGUUGGGCACCGGCUUGACGACUCGCCAGAUCGAGGCGUUUGGGAGGAAGGUAACCAGCACCGCUGGACAUUUGAUCGGCCAGCCAUCCGAGACGAACGCCCAUUAUCAGACUGCCAUGACGGAGAUCCACCGGGAGCUACGACGACCGCAGGCACAGCGCAAGGUGUUUGCUCUGACGCGGACGACGCCGACCGACCUCGUUCGCUCCAAGCUGUCGACCACGGAGAUUCAGUCGCGUGCGCUCUCAUCCCUGCCGGAUGACCUCCUUGCAAACAUCCCCGAAGACAGCAGCUCGUACUCGCUGUUCCAGGGAUUCCAAGCCACUCUGCCUGAGAGCGAUCCAGAGCCGCGAAAAUCCCACCGCCGACGGGGGUCAAAAAACAAAAAGGCGCUGAAGGAUGCGGACAAGAGCGGCGCGCUGCCGCCGACGGCGGCGGGCUUGAAGGCCGAACGGGCCAAACUCGCCAGACGACUGGACAUGAUGGGGGUUCGGAAGAACAUGUGCAGCGGAGAGAUUCAUGAGAUUGACAACAAAAUCGCUAAUUUGCACAAUAUGCGCAAGAUUGUUUUGGAUCGGCUGGCCGGACUGGAAAUGGACGAAGCGCAGUUGGAACAGGAACUGACCGAACUGGACAACAAGCUGGAAGAUUUCCCUGACGAGGAGGAGGUCCCUCCAGCCAUUGCGACCCCCAAAUCGUCUGAAGCGAACGAGGACUCGAUCUUGCCCGAGGAUCCGGCCAUGGAUACCUCAUUUAUGUCGGAGUCUAUUUACCAAAAAAUACCAUCGCCGAAGAGUUUAAAACAGAAGUCUAUAAGGAAACGAUCCAUGCCGGUUCUACACGAGCAUUUCGAGCCCGGCUCGCCGAUCAAAGAGAUUCAGGCUCACAACGAUGUUGUGACGGCGGUAGACUUUGACUACCCCUUCGGAACGAUGGUGAGCGCCGCGCUCGACGACACAGUGCGGGUGUGGGAUAUGAACACUGGCCGAUGCACGGGAUUCCUGGAGGGACACCACGCAUCUGUCCGGUGCCUACAGGUAGAAGACAAUAUAGUCGCGACGGGAUCCAUGGAUGCGUCGAUUCGACUGUGGGAUCUUAGUCGAGCACGGUCUGCGCCGCGCAAUAAUCGGAUCAAUAAGCGCGCCAAGGAAGUCGAAGCAGAAGCAGAGGCGGAAAACGAAGCCAACGGCUUUCACUACGUGAACCACGAGGACACGGCGUCGCGGCCAUCAUCGUCCUCGAGCAUGGACGAUUGCUUCCUCUUCUCGCUGGAAGCGCACGUGGACGAGGUCACGGCGCUGCACUUCAAGGGAGACACGUUGAUCUCCGGUUCGGCAGACAAGACCCUACGACAGUGGGAUCUGGUCAAGGGGCGAUGCGUGCAGACGCUCGACGUGCUGUGGGCGGCGGCGCAGGCAUCGACGUCGAUGACCAGCGCGGCGGAGACGUCCUGGCGGCCGUCCGGACGCAUCCCGGACGCCUCUGCCGACUUUGUCGGAGCGGUACAAUGCUUUGAUGCGGCGCUCGCCUGCGGAACCGCCGAUGGGAUGAUCCGACUCUGGGAUUUGCGCAGCGGCCAGGUGCACCGCAGUCUGGUUGGGCAUACGGGACCGGUGACGUGCCUUCAGUUCGAUGAUGUCCAUCUCGUGACGGGCAGCGCUGAUCGCAGCAUUCGGAUCUGGGAUCUCCGUACGGGCUCCAUCUACGACGCCUACGCCUACGACAAGCCGAUCACGAGCAUGAUGUUCGACAGCCGACGCAUUGUCGCUGCGGCGGGCGAGACCGUCGUCAAGGUCUACGACAAGGGCGAUGGCCGCCACUGGGACUGCGGCGCAGGCGUCGGCAUCGACGAGAACGACUCGCAACUGGCACUGGUCGACCGUGUCCGUCUGAAGGAGGGCUAUCUCAUCGAAGGCCGGCGCGAUGGCACAAUCGGGGCCUGGACGUGCUGA